AUGGCGUCUGACACUGAUAAAUCUAAGGAGGUUAAGGAUAAUGCUGCUGAUUUGAGUCAUCAGCAUGAUGCUGAAACUGUGGAAGAGGCAGUUUUCAAGUAUGUUCGUGAUGAGUUCCAAAAUCGUGAUGAAGAUGAAGAUGAAGAUAAAGAACACAGGCAAAAUGUGGCUAAUUCGAACGCUAAUGAUGAUAAUUCUGCCGAUAUGAGCUGGUAUUUGAGACACGAGGAAGAGGAUCUCCCUCAUGUGGACUCAAGAGCGGCACAUAAUGAUUCUGAAUCGGUGGCAAUGGCAGCAGUGGCAGCUGCUUACGCGCUUGGUAGAAAGUCAAAGAGACCUUAUAAGCUUGGUGAGGCUUCGAGUGAUGAUGAAAUAUCAUCUAAGAAAAAGAAACAAAAAUCAAAGCAGAGAAAGAGUAAGAAGAAAAUGGAGAAAUUGCAAUUAGCUGUGGAUCCAGAAUUAGCUACUCUAGAUGAUGAAUCCGAAACUGGGGAUGCUUCAAACCAGUCUCAGUUGGUUCGUAAAGCCAUUAUAGAUACUGAUUCUAUUGCUCAGCAUCCUGAUUUUCAACAAUAUUUGAAUACUGAAGAAGAGGAGGCCACUAAGGCGAAUGAAGCACAAACUAAAGACGAGUCUAUCAUCACUGACAAGGAAAAAAAUAAAGAAAAGGCGCCAGAAGGUGAAGAUAGAGGAGAUGGUAUCGCUGUAAGUGUAGAAGACGUUGCAGCUAAGGAUUAUGCAGAAUUGGCAAAACAACAAAGUUUGGCUAAACAAUAUGCUGACGUUUUGCCGAGAGGUGUGUCGUCCAUUUCCGAAGUAUCAUUAAAGACAGAUAAUGAUAAUCAAUUACUACAAAAUGCCGCAUCGAAGGCUUCAGAAUUAAUAAGUGCAACUACACAAAGCAGUGGUAAAGCUUUUGAUGCGCAAGAAGAGGCGGCGCUAGACAAUUUCAUUGAAGAGUACAGUAAGAUCAAGAAAUAUGACAGGCAACAAACAUGUGAAAGAAUUUGGACUAAUGGUCGUCGUAAGGAUGAUUUCUGGAUAAAUAUUUGCAAAGUGUUACCUUAUAGAACGAGGUCGUCAAUUUAUAAGCAUGUCCGUAGAAGAUACCAUAUCUUUGAGCAACGUGGUAAAUGGACUCCUAAGGAAGAUGAUGAAUUGGCGAAAUUAUGUAUAACAAAAGAGGGGCAAUGGUCUGAAAUUGGUAAAAUUUUAGGAAGAAUGCCUGAAGAUUGUAGAGAUCGUUGGAGAAAUUAUAUCAAGUGUGGUACCAACAGAGCUUCAAAUAAAUGGUCUGAAGAAGAAGAAGAAUUAUUGAAAAACGUCAUAGGCGAAUUAUUAGAAGAAGGUCAACGCUAUCAUGAGAGGAGACAAAAUGGUGCUCUUACAGAGGAAGAUCAUAAUAAUGAGCAUAUACUGAAUAGAGGUCCAAAAGGUAGAAGAGUAACUGGCAAACCAAGUUUUAAAGAUAUUAUCAAUUGGACAGUCGUUAGUGAACGUAUGGGUGGUAGCAGGUCACGUAUUCAAUGUCGUUAUAAAUGGAAUAAACUUGUUAAAAAGCAGGCGUUGCAAAAAAUUCAAAGCAUAUCUGAUAUGGAUAAAAGAUGGAUUCUGGAGAAAUUGAGAGAUUUAGGUUUUACAGAAGAUUCUCAAGUUGACUGGGAUGAAUUGGCUGCAUUAAAAACAGACUCCACUUGGACUGGGUUAGAACUGAAAUUGACGUACGAGAAAUUGAGAAGCAUGAUCAAACAGUAUAAAGAAAAAAAUAUCAAUGAAAUAUCUAAGGAAUUAUUGUCACUCCUAGAUAAUCAAAUACCUGUAUCACUUGAGAAAGUAAACUGA